AUGAAGUCAUUCACCACUCUCAUCGCCAUCGCGCUGGUCUCAUCCGCACACGCCGCCCCCUGGGGCCACCUAGGCGACUUCUGGGGAAUCUUCAACCCAACCAAAUGCCUAAACCAACAAACAGCCCAAUACCUCGUCGACGGGUUCGGCGGGCUGAUCUCAAACUACACGACGGCCGACGCGGAAAAGUACCUAGGGGACAACUUCACCGAUGUUAGCGACAGCAUCAACUCAUUGUCCGGUCAGCCCGUGGGCAGUGUGACGUUCCCCAGCAAACAGGCCUUUGAGGCCGGGCAGGGCUCUCAACCGCAUGUGCCGUUCCAAUUGCUCGCCAUCGACGCCGUCACUUGUGAUACUAUUGCUCUCCGCUGGGUCGUGGGUCUUCAGCCCGAACCGGCGAAGGGGAUUACGAUCCUAAAGGCCGAAAAUCCAAAGCAGCAAAAGGAUACUUGGCAGAUCAAGACGAUUUAUACCGAAUUUAACAGUAUUGCUUGGUUGAAGGAUAUUGGUGGGAAUGUCACGUUGCCGAGUUUUGGAUGA